AUGCAACCUUUGAGUAAACUGAUGGCUAUCUCAAAAUCUCAAAACCUGACUCCUUCUGAACAAAGUGAUAUUCUGAGAACAGAUAUGUUUUGGCAGCAGGAAACCAUCCCAGUCAUGGAGACAUGUGAUUCUGAGACCUGGCGUCAAAAAUUUAGACAUUUCCAGUACUUGGAAGAAUCUGGGCCUCAUGAAUCCCUGAGCCAACUUUGGGAGCUCUGUCUUCAGUGGCUGAGACCAGAGAUUAAUACAAAGGAGCAGAUUCUAGAACUGUUGGUACUAGAACAGUUCCUGACAAUUCUUCCUGAAGAGGCCAGAGUUUGGGUGAAUUUACAACAUCCAAAGAACAGCAGAGAAGUGGCUACCCUCUUGGAGGAUGUGAUUGAAAUGCUUAAAGACAAAGGUAUGCCCUGCAAGGAUUCUUUCCUGCUCCAGAAGGGGUGCAUUAAAGAAGAGGAAAUGGAAGCUGACUCACCGGUAGGCAAAUUGCAGGAACCUGUGACAUUCAAAGAUGUGGUUGUGGAGUUCAGCAAGGAAGAGUGGAAGCAACUGGACCCCGCUGUGAGGAAUCUGUAUGGGGAAGUGAUGCUGGAAAACUAUAGGAACCUGAGUUCAUUGCACAAAGAGCAUCAACCUUCCAACUUGGAAAAUAUGAUCUCCAACUUGGAAAAUAAGAAAAUAGAAUGGAUGGAGCGAGAAAUCCCAAGAACAACUAAUUUUGCCAGAGAGACUAUUUCAGAAAAACAAGAUUCAUUUCCAAAGCUGAGAGUUUCUGGAGAAGAAUCAUCUUAUCGAAUCAUUAUGACAAAGCUGAGCAAAGGGGAACACCUUUCUUUAGCAGCUUGGAAGAGUGAUGAUUGGUUAUGUAGGAACCAGAAAACCUGGGAUAUAGAUUUGCCAGAAGGAGCUUUUAUACAUAAGACAAACUGCACUAAAGAAGGAAACUUUAAAUGUGUUAAAAAUAAGGAAAGCUUUGAUGUUAAGGCAGUUAACUCAGUUUUUGAUACUCAAGAGGAGAUUUCUCUAAGAAAGGAGUCUCCACAGUGUGAUAAGUUUAAAGUUCAUAUCAAAUUUAAUUUAGAUUCAAUAGGUAAGAAACAUUCAGAUGAUAAUGAAUAUGCAAAUGCCUUGAGCUUGAGUACAGAUCAGCAACACCCAAAAAGUCACACCACAAUGAAUUCCUAUGUAUGUUUUCAGUGUGGGAAAGCCUUCAGCCGAGGUUCGUCCCUUGUUCGACAUCAGAUCAUUCACACAGGAGAGAAACCCUAUAAAUGCAGUGAUUGUGGGAGAUUCUUCAACCGACGUACAAAUCUUACUAAACAUCAAAAUAUUCAUUCUGAGGCAAAUGCUUACACAGGCAAUAAAAGUGAAAAAAUGUUCAGUAAGUAUGAAGACAUUAAUAACAAUUCAAAACUGUGUUCUAGAAAUAAACCCUAUGAAUGUAGUAACUGUGGGAAAUCAUUCAACCGGAGCUCCUCCCUCAUUCGGCAUCAAAUGAUUCAUACUGGAGAGAAACCAUUCAAGUGUAAGGAAUGUGAGAAAGCCUUCAACAGGAAAUCAAAUCUUAUGAAACACCAAAAACUUCAUACUCAAGAAGUCCUGUAACAAUCAGAAAUGCAGGAUUACCUUCAGCAAUGCAGAAGUUGUUCAACAUCCAUGAAUGUAUAUUGAAGGAAAUUCUAAAACAAAAACACUUAUUAUUCUUUAAUUGAUAUGACGAUGUGAAUAUUGGAGAGAAAUCUGAUGCUUGAUGCUGGAUCAAAAUCUGUUUUGAGGGAGCAUUUCCAGGUUCCCAAAUGAACCCAGAAGGGUUUGGAGUUAAGCAUUUGUUUUUGCUUAUUAAUAUUCUGAUAUUAUCUUCACCGGACACACUGAUGGAGAGUAGGGAGCCAGACAAUACCUAGGGAGUUGAUGUUUAAUGAAACGUGAAAUGUCUAGUCCUUACAAAGUUAUGAGAAAGCAGUGUCUCCGUAUUAUCAGAGGACACUUCUAAGGACUGAAUUCUGAAUUAAUGGCAAUUACUCAACCCCCAAAAAUACACUUGGCUGUCCUUGUGUUGAGUGGGGACUGGAAUAGAAGAGAGGUCUCAGCUGUAAUGGGCGGUGGAUGUGCUGUUGGUAUAUAAAUAUGCUUGAAAAUGUAUUUUAGGAGCGAGGCUGAAGAGACAGUCUUAGAUCAGUUAGACUUCCCUAAAUACUUAGCAAGUCAAUUAAUUAUUCUAUAACAUGCAAUGGAACUGCUGUAAGCUACUUCAGAAUCCCAAAGGGUUCUUGAGUCAAGCUUAUGUUGAUUUGCCCAAAAGUUUGGAUGAAGGUUUUUGUUAAGAAUUCAUGUACUAUUCAAAAGCAAAAAAGGGAUACUGGAGUGAACCCUUAUCAUGAGU